UCUUUCUUUCACCUUUUUUUUAAUUCUCACUUUUUAUACAUUCAAUGCAAGAUUACAAAGAAACAGAUACAGUUCAAGAUUUAUACAACGAAAUUGAGCAUUUGAUUGAUAUUCCCUUUGAGGCGACAUGUCAACCUACUCAAAACAAGGACUUUCACUAUAAGCAGGAAUCAGAAGAGCCUAGAAAUGAUUAUACAUUUGAAAGGCCAAUCCUGAUUGAAAGUGAUAGCGAUGAUAUCGAAGAAGAAUUACCCACACCAGACCAAUAUUGUAAUCAAUGUGAUAGACCCAUAACAUCCAGUCAAUUACUGACUGUCGCCAAUAACAUCUGUCAUGAUUGCUCUUCCUCCAUCACCACCACCACCAAAAAACCUAGAUCUCGAUCCGGCUCAUUUACAUUUACACAAAUUGCUGAUAAACUCAAGCAAUCCUUUGGUCACUCUUCCUCCUCCUCCAACACACUUUUGGCUCCCGGUGUCAAACCCGUCGAUCGUCGAAAAAGUAUGCCAACCAUGGAUUCCUUAUUCGACCAACAGCCACAACAAUUGGAGCCACCCAGUCCCGUGCCUUCAAGACCUAGUAGUCGGGCCUCUUCCUUUAUCGAAGAUGUCAAACAAUUUUUAGCUCCCUUGUCCAGAAAAUCAAGCAGAAACUCAAUGUACCAAGAUUAUCAGCAAUCGUCCGAUCCUGUCUUACAGAAAAAAUCGAGUCAUCACUCUUUACUAGACGCCAUCAAUAUCUGUAAACCCGCAAAGGUGAAGCAGGCUCCCUCUUAUGAACGAAGAAUCAUCCAAAGUGAUGACACACCCAAUUGGUCCAGAGAAGAUGACGAGGUAAUGGGUAUACAUCAAAAUAAUAGCUGGAUGCAAGACGCUCAUAGUAUGGAAAACACAAUUGUCCCUUUACGAAGAAAACAAAUCAAAAAGAUUGAAUCGCGUCAAGAAAGAACGGAUAUCUACAUCAAUGCCUAUAUCGAAUGCAUGAAAGUCGAGACCAAUCUUGUCCCAUGGAUUAUAAAGCAAACCCAAAAGGGACCACCCGAUGCCUGGUUUGGCUACACACCUCCAGUAAGAGAACCGAAAAAAAUUAUGGGUAUUUUUAAACGUAAACCCAAAGAAAAUAGCAACAAUUUGAGAGCUCAGCAACAACAAUUAGGCGAUGACUUGUUGAACAGGUCUACACCGCUUUUGCAACACCGCUACAGUAACAAUCAGGCGUAUUUCGAGGACCAAAAUUAUACCCCUUCCCUUACCACAAGCUUAUCACCUAAUAGCAGCACUGCUGAGCAUGUACCAAGGUCCUCCUCUGUUCAACCCGUUUCAAUCUUAAAGAAGAAAACCUUUGAUGAACUACCUCAAGAUGAAUACGAUGACACAUACUACAAUGAUGCACAAGCCGACUUUCAGACAAAGGAAGACUUUUAUCAACAACCCGUGAAACCCAAGAAGGACCGAAAACAACGUAUGUCUUCUGGGUACGAUCAACAGCAAAUGAUGAUGAUGGCCAUGAUGGAGCAAGCACCAAGAAAAGAUUACUACUCGCCCAUCAGCGACAGUUCCGAAGGCAAAAGAAGGUCAAGGCCAAUACGUCAAGUGCAUCAUGAAGAAGAAGAGUACUUUCAAUCGGCUCCAGUUGAUACGAGGAGACGAUCCCAUAUGUCUCCACAGGAAGAGGAGGAAGAAUACUACGUACCUGCUACCAACGGAAGAAGGUCUAAACAAAGCCAUAAGGACUAUUACGGUCUAGGUGCCAAAAUGACACCCUUUAUGAUGGAAGAAUGGGAAAUUGCUCUUGAUGAUUUAUGUGAUCUCUAUCCUCGACUAGAUCGUCAUUACAUUAAUGAUUUCUUGAGAUCGGCUCAAGGUGAUUUUGUUACUGCAAAGGAGAUGAUUAUGGACAUGAUUAUGGACAUUCGGUAA